CAACACAUAAACUGCCUUGCGCAAACUUUUGCUCUACGUGAAAUUUCUCAACAACCUUGAGAUUUUUGUUUUCUUUUUCGCCGACACACCUUGAGAUUUUUAUUUUCUUUUUCGCUGACACACCUUCAGUUUGGAUAAACAGCACUAUGAAGGCAACCGGCAAACACCUUUAGUUUGGAUAAACAACACUGUUGCCGUAGAAUCAGCCUACUGCGAAGCAUCUUCUGUUUAGUUUGGAUAAACAGCACUGCAAUGAGGCCGACUGGUUAUCUAUCCAAGUCUCGGUCAAGAAGGAUUUUCAAAUCCUUAUUGGCAGAGGUCAUCUCAUCAGCCUUCUCGGCGAAGUGAGGGUGUUACGAGGUUACUAUGCACCUUGAGAGCCGAAUUUGAUAUUGAACUUCGCAUAACUAGCAGCCUUGUCUUCAGACUCUAGAACUCGAAGGUCGAGACGUGUUCCUUCUUUGGCCGCAAUCGCGAUAUUCAGAAGUUAGCAGCGCGCCCAUUGCAACAUCAACAAAUUUUACUCAGCUCGGUGGUCGAGUUGGCACGCCCCACACACAACCGAAGGACGUAGUUAACUUAUUAAUUACUCGUCCUGCGCACAGGUAGGCUUGGUAGUUUUUAGGAUCAAUAAUAUGUCAUCGAAGUGCAGGAAAGUUAAAUAGCUCUCGGACGGUCGAGAACCUGUAGCCAAGGAGAAAAUGAUGAGCUGGUUAAGAAAGCCAGAAAUCACUUCACCAAUUAGGUUUCUGUGUCUGUUGAGUAGUCUGUUCGUUCUCCUAGCUCUCAUCAGGCUUUUUCACAAUAUAUGGUGGAUUCCGACUCGCAUACAGAAGCUGAUGGCUUUGCAGGGGAUCAAAGGUCCUUCUUACAAACUUGUUCAUGGAAACACCAAAGAAAUCUCCAGCAUGAAACAAGAAUCUAUGAGCAGGCCCAAGAGUUUCUCACAUGACAUAGUUUCUCAAGUUCACCCUCACAUUCACUCCUGGACCAAGACAUAUGGGAACGUUUUUCUUCAAUGGUAUGGUUCAAGCUCAGUUGAUUGUAAAGGAACCUGAGUUAUGCAAAGAGAUACUGAAUAACAAACAUGGAGCUUUUGUAAAACAAAAGGCUCAAGGGAUGGUAAAGAGGCUAUCGGGAGAUGGCCUCCCAAGAUCGAAGGGUGCAAAAUGGUUUAAAAUGCGCAAGCUGGCCAACCAUGCCUUCCAUGGAGAGAGCCUGAAAAGUAUGACUCCAGCAAUAAUAGCAAGUGCUGAGACGAUGCUAGAGAAAUGGAAAAGUCACGAAGGCAAAGAGAUUGAGGUGUUUGAAGAAUUUACGUUGUUGACAUCAGAAGUAAUUGCUAGGACUGCAUUUGGGAGCAACUACUUAGAAGGGAAGAAUAUUUUUGAGAUGGUGAGGAAAUUAGGCGACUUAAUAUCCAUAAAUCAUCUCAAACUCCGGUUUCCUUGGAUGAGUAAGUUCUCCCCAACCCGCGAUGAUAUCGAAUCAGAGAAGCUUGAGAAAGGAAUACGCCAGAGCAUAAUAGAGAUUGCUAUUAAGCGAGUAGAACAGGCACGACUGACUGGAGAAUUUGGGACUGAUUUCUAGGGUUACUUGUAAAGGCUCACCAUGACAGCGAUGAUAAGCUGAGGAUUUCGGAGGAUGAAGUGUUGGACAAGUGCAAAGCAUUUUACCUUGCUGGAGAAGUAACAACAAAAUGUUUGCUCACUUGGACUAUCUUUCUUCUCGGACUUCAUACAGAUUGGCAAGACAUAGCAAGGAGGGAGAUCUUUAAAUUGUUCGGAAAACAAAUUCCGAAUCAUGAUGCUCUUGGCAAACUGAAAACUAUGAGCAUGAUCAUCAAUGGGUCUCUGAGGUUAUAUCCAACUAUUGCUCGUAUUGUAAGGAACGUGGAUAGGGACGUUAAGCUGGGAAAGCUCAAAGUUCCUGCAAGUUAUCGUUCCAAAUCUAGCACUUCAUCAUGACCCUGAAUUAUGGGGAGAAGAUGUACAGCUUUUCAAGCCAGACCGGUUCUCAGAAGGAGUUGCUAAAGCUACUAAAAAUAACAUAGCUGCAUUCUUACCCUUUGGACUGGGACCUCGAAUUUGUGUAGGCAUGGACCUUGCGACCACUUAAACAAAGAUUGUUCUGUCGAUGAUUCUGCAUCGCUACCACUUCACUCUUUCCCCGGGUUAUGUGCACUCGCGCUGUCAUAAGCUUACAGUUUGUCCACAACAUGGAGUUCAAGUAAUCCUACAACCACUGUGAAGCGUGAUCAAACUAUUUUAGAGAUGGAGACUAAGUUGCCAAUAAAUCUUUUUACCACGUGAAACGCGACUUCAUUAUUGACGGAAUGUGGCUUCUCAAUAAUUCGCUACGGGCCAAUUUACAAAACUUUACACUUACGAUCAGAGAUUCAGAAUCAUUCAUAUUAUAAA